AUGGCCACACACUCCCACGACGGCGGCCUAUCUCAGUCACACGAUCAUUCACAUGGUACUCCUCACGGACACACGCACGAAAUCCUCGACGGUCCCGGCUCCUACCUCCACCGCGAAAUGCCCCUCGUUGAAGGCCGCGACUUCGCCGACCGGGCCUUCACCAUCGGCAUCGGCGGGCCCGUGGGCUCAGGCAAAACUGCACUCAUGCUCGAACUGUGUCUUGCGCUGCGCAAAGACUACAACAUCGCCGCCGUGACCAACGACAUUUUCACGCGCGAAGACGCCGAGUUUCUCACGAAGCACGGCGCCCUGACUCCUGAGCGUAUCGUCGCCAUCGAGACGGGCGGCUGCCCUCAUGCCGCGGUACGGGAGGACAUCAGCGCUAACCUCCUCGCAUUGCAGGGCUUGCACGCCAAGUUUCAGACCGACCUCCUCCUGAUCGAAUCGGGCGGCGACAAUCUGGCUGCGAACUACUCUCGCGAACUAGCGGAUUUUAUCAUCUACGUGAUCGAUGUGGCGGGCGGGGACAAAGUGCCGCGCAAAGGUGGGCCGGGAAUCACAGGGAGCGAUUUGCUCGUAAUUAAUAAGUGUGAUUUGUCGGAAGCGGUCGGGGCGGACGUGGACUUAAUGGAGUACGAGGCGAUGAAGAUUCGUGAAGGAGGACCGGUCGUAAGAGCCGUCAUCAAGAAUGGAGUGGGGGUACGGGAGACGGUUGAUAUGAUCAUAAGUGGGUGGAAGAGUACGGGUGGGUACAUUGAGAGUCGGAAACGAUGGGCGAGUGGUGUGCCAAGGGGAAGUGGUGAGCAGCCCAAGGUCAAUCGAUAUACGAGGGUGAUGCCUCAGGAGUGA